CACUUUGGAUUGCUGUCAGGAGAUGAAGGUUUUAGACUUUUAGUUGCAAAGCCCUAAACCCUGACAGAACCCCGCAAAAGCACACUCUUGCAAUCUGCUCCAUCCCCACUUCAUCUACAGAGAUUGAAGAGAGAGCAAUGGAUUUAGUAAGACUACCCCUCAACUUCCACCAUUUUCCUCUCAAAACUCUACUCCCAUCUGCUUUCCCGUCAUCCUCUUUACCUCCCCAUAUGGGCGCUAAAAGGCAGCAAAUGAGACUCCGCUGUGAGUUCGAAGUCAAAGUGAAUGGCGCUCUCUCCUCCGACCCCGACCCCCGAUUCCUCGACCGGCAAAAGGCGCUGGAAGCUGCAAUGAAUGAUAUCAAUAGCUCAUUUGGGAAAGGCAGUGUUACGAGAUUGGGGAGUGCUGGUGGAGCUCUCGUUGAAACUUUUCCCAGUGGCUGUUUGACUUUGGACUUCGCUCUAGGUGGUGGCCUUCCCAAAGGGAGAAUUGUGGAGAUAUAUGGACCAGAAAGUAGUGGAAAGACUACCCUAGCACUCCAUGCUAUUGCAGAAGUGCAGAAUCUGGGAGGCAAUGCCAUGCUUGUUGAUGCUGAGCAUGCUUUUGAUCCAGCAUACUCAAAAGCAUUGGGAGUCGAUGUUGAAAAUUUAAUUGUCUGCCAACCUGAUCAUGGGGAGAUGGCACUGGAGAUUGCAGACCGUAUGUGCAGAUCUGGUGCUAUAGAUCUUAUUUGUGUUGAUUCUGUCUCAGCUCUCACACCACGUGCUGAGAUUGAAGGUGAAAUUGGGAUGCAGCAAAUGGGUUUGCAGGCACGUCUUAUGAGCCAAGCUUUGCGUAAAAUGUCAGGAAAUGCUUCCAAAGCUGGAUGUACUCUUAUUUUCUUGAAUCAAAUAAGAUAUAAGAUUGGUGUGUAUUACGGCAAUCCUGAAGUCACCAGUGGUGGUAUUGCUUUAAAGUUCUUUGCUUCACUGCGCCUGGAGAUACGUCCUAUAGGAAAAAUAAAGUCUAGUAAAGGUGAUGAAGACAUUGGGCUACGAGUUCGUGUGAGAGUGCAAAAGAGUAAGGUUUCCAGGCCAUACAAGCAAGCUGAAUUUGAAAUAAUAUUUGGAGAGGGAGUGAGUAAACUGGGUUGCAUUUUGGAUUGUGCUGAACUGAUGGAUGUUGUGGUAAAGAAGGGCUCUUGGUAUAGCUAUGGGGACAAUAGGUUGGGACAAGGAAGAGACAGAGCAUUACAGUACUUGAGAGAGAACCCUCUUGUUUGCCAUGAAAUCGAAAAGAUAGUUCGACCCAUGAUGGCUGAGGGAAUUGGACAAUUAGGCACUCCACAUGUGAGGCUCUCGCCGACAUCGCCUGAAGAUGAAGAUAUUCUUGAGGAGAUCAGGUAACAUGGAGCUAAGACUGGGAUGAUCCAAUUUUUCUUAAACGCAAAGGGCUACAUGGGAAAUUCAGUUACUCCUAAAUUGGGGGUUAUGGAGGUUUGAUGUGUUGACACACCCUCCAUCAAUGGAAGUUCUUUUCUUCCUUUUAUUUUUUUGGCUUUGUUAGUGAUGCAGGUGGGAAAUUCAAAUUGUAUUUUGGUAGACAGAAAAAGUAUAUACCAAAUUGUAUUGGUUGACCUCAUUCCUAAAAUUUUUCCAAGUUUUUGUUUCAAA